AUGGUUUCAAAAAUUUCUGUAGUUCUUUUGGUUGCGCAAAACAGGGAGAAUAAUAGAUACAACAAAAAGAAAAAGAUGACACAUUUCCAGAAAAGAAAAAGGGGGAAAGGGCAAAUACAAAAAUUUUCAAUUUUUUUUUUCUCGAGUUUACGCUCCUGCAAGAUUCAGUACUCGUUUCAUGAUCACUUUUUGUUUGCUCUUUCUCCUUUUCACAUCCCCCUUUUACUCUUUUGCUCUUAUAUUCUCCCUUUCCCUGAGCUUUCUUCCUGGUGGACACGCCGACACGCCUUAUAUGAUCGCGACAUCAAAGAGAAACAAAUGGAGAAAUGUAGUAGGAGGUAUAAUAAAACACAAAGGGAGCGUGGAUGGAAGGGAAACAAAGUAAAAAAAAAAGGAAGAACAUUUUACGCGCGCAAUAAUAGAAAUACACACGCCCACACAAACAUCCGCACAAGUAAAUAA